AUGUCUAUGGUAACACGUGGUGCUGCGAAGCGUCUUCGGAAACUGUCUAAGGAUCCCGAGGCAGAUUACGAUGAGUUGGAUGUUCCAUCAAUAGUUGAUGUUCUUAAGUAUGGUGAUUGCGAUUUAAUGAAGUUGUUGGCAAUCAAACAACUCCAAAAAUUAUUCGAUUACGAAGAUGCUCGAGACUCUGGUGAACUUGUUCCUCUACCUAAUGAAAUUCUAGGGAGAGAGGAUUUAUCAAAGCUCAAGUCUGAAGCUGCUAAGGCUGUCAUAUACAGUAUUCCUGAAUUGUUGGAGCUAACUGAUUUGGUGAUUGAGAAUAAGCUAGUGGAAACUCUUCUAAAGCUUUUGCAUUUUCCAGAUGGUAAUGUUUGUAAGCAGGCGGUGGAGAAACUGGGAAAGGUUGCUCAAUCCGUUGUAGGUCGUGAUUAUGCUCUAAUUGAGUGUGGGGCUUUGGAUAUUUUGCUGGAAAUUUUGAACAACACUAACGAGAUUUCAAUGCUGAGAAAAGCCUCGUGGACUCUAUCAAAAUUUUGUGGGGGCAGGCCAAAACCACAUUUUGAGAAGGUGAAACCAGCAUUCCCAACUCUUCGUAACCUUCUUACUUCAAAUGUUGACGAAGAGGUGCUGAAAAAUGCAUGCUGGCCACCAGAAGAGACUGCACUAGUUGGGUCCAGUCGUCUGCAGUUGACGACUGUCCGACAGCAUUUGGAGGCAUUACACCCUGACAUCACAGACGAUACACCGGAGCUUCAUAUUCACCGGCAGAUGUGUCGGGCAAGCAUGGGCACCCAGCGUAACGUUACUGGAUUUUUGCCGCUGCUACAGCUGCAGCCACCUCUACCACCAUUAGCUCCGGAUGCACCACCUCCAUUUCUCCCUUUAGCAAGGAGGUGGGUUGAUAGGCGGGGAUAUGGACGAGAGUACGAGGCUCGAAUGACAUCUGCACCAUGGCAGUGA